UUAAAUGCUAGAAAAUUGAAUCGUUCGCUAAAUUACUGGUCCUACCGUAAUAUCCCGGGCCCGACACCCAUACCAUAUUUUGGUAACAAAAUGAGUUUGUUCUUCAAAUCCUUACCUUAUAUCGAGAUGAAGUGGUAUAACACAUACGGCAAAAUCUAUGGGGUGUAUGAUUCCGUACGGCCGGUGCUAACGGUGGCCGAACCGGCGCUCGUCAAACAGAUUCUGGUCAAAGAGUUCCACAAAUUCCGUAACCGUAUGCCAGAGACCGACCCGAACGGCCGGUUUCCGGAGAAUAUGUUCAACGCCCGCGACGGCCACUGGAAACGGCAGCGACUUAUCGUGAGUCCCGCGUUUAGUUCAGGCAAACUGCGACGCCUGUACCCACUCGUCAGCGAGUGUUGCGACGAGUUUGUGACCGCUUUGGACGGCAUAGUGUCGGCCGCCAGCUACCGGACACCGCCAGCGGUGCUAGACUUGCCGGUACUUAUGUCUCACUACGCGGUGGACGUGAUCGCCAGCGCGGCGUUCGCCACCAAAACCCAUCCCUAUUCCCAUCCAAACCACCCGUUUGUUGUCAAAGCCCGAGAGUUCGGCUCAUUUAACCGCUACCAGGCCUUCGUAGCGAUGAUAGUGCCCUCAUUUGUGGCCGAAAGCCGGUGGUGGAAA